AGGCUGCUCGCCCGCUGCCUGUGUGUGGGCUAGGCUUGCUGCGGGCUCCCAGCUUGGCCGCACUUGGUGGGUAGUUGAGUCCACGGGGCUUUUGUGCGGGGUCUGGCCUGGCUUUUGUGUCCGCCACUCGCAGCUCUGCCCCGUGGCGUUCCUCCUGGACGGCCGCCCCUGAGGAUCGGAGGCGUCAGCGCGGCCCCGGCCAGGGGAACGAGAGCGGCGGCGCUGUUGACGGUUUUGCGGGGCUGCGGAGUCGCCGAUCCCGAGAUGCCGGAGUUCCUGGAAGACCCCUCGGUCCUGACCAAAGACAAGUUGAAGAGUGAGUUGGUCGCCAACAAUGUGACGCUCCCGGCCGGGGAGCAGCGCAAAGACGUGUACGUGCAGCUCUACCUGCAGCAUCUGACGACGCGCAACCGGCCGUCGCUCUCCGCCGGCGUCAACAGCAAAGGGCCCCCGGACUUCUCCAGCGACGAGGAGCGCGAGCCCACGCCGGUGCUCGGCGCCGGGACCGCCGCGGGCCGCGGCCGCGCCGCCGUCGGCAGGAAAGCUACAAAGAAAACUGAUAAACCCAGACUAGAAGAUAAAGAUGAUCUUGAUGUAACAGAGCUCUCUAAUGAAGACCUUCUGGAUCAGCUUGUGAAAUAUGGAGUGAAUCCUGGUCCUAUUGUGGGAACAACCAGGAAGCUAUAUGAGAAAAAGCUGUUAAAACUGAGGGAACAAGGAACGGAAUCAAGAUCUUCUACCCCUCUACCAACAAUUUCUUCUUCAGCAGAAAAUACAAGGCAAAAUGGAAGUAAUGACUCUGACAGAUACAGUGACAAUGAAGAAGACUCUAAAAUAGAACUCAAGCUUGAGAAGAGAGAACCACUAAAGGGCAGAGCAAAGACUCCAGUAACACUCAAGCAAAGAAGAAUUGAGCACAAUCAGAGCUAUUCUCAAGCUGGAAUAACUGAGACUGAAUGGACAAGUGGAUCUUCAAAAGGCGGACCUCUACAGGCAUUAACUAGGGAAUCUACAAGAGGGUCGAGACGAACUCCAAGGAAAAGGGUGGAAACUUCACAACAUUUUCGUAUAGAUGGUGCAGUAAUUUCAGAGAGUACUCCUAUAGCUGAAACUAUAAUGGCUUCAAGCAACGAAUCCUUAGUUGUCAAUAGGGUGACUGGAAAUUUCAAGCAUGCAGCUCCUAUUCUGCCAAUCACUGAAUUCUCAGACAUACCCAGAAGAACACCAAAGAAACCAUUGACAAGAGCUGAAGUGGGAGAAAAAACAGAGGAAAGAAGAGUAGAAAGGGAUAUCCUUAAGGAAAUGUUCCCUUAUGAAGCAUCUACACCUACAGGAAUUAGUGCAAGUUGCCGCAGGCCCAUCAAAGGGGCUGCAGGCCGGCCAUUGGAACUUGGUGAUUUCAGGAUGGAGGAAUCUUUCUCGUCUAAAUAUGUUCCUAAGUAUGUUCCCUUGGCAGAUGUCAUUAAAAAGACAAAAAAGGGACGACGCUCAAUUCCUAUGUGGAUAAAAAUUUUGCUGUUGAUAGUUGUGGCAGUUUUUUUGUUUUUGGUCUAUCAAGCUAUGGAAACCAACCAAGGAAAUCCCUUCUCUAAGUUUCUUCAGGAUGACCCUAAACCAUCCAUCUGAAUGGUAUCACUUUGGCACAUUGAACUUGUUCUCCUGUUUUUAAUAACUGUAGAGAAACAUUUGUGUAUACUUACUGACUGAAGAACUAAAAAUAAUGUGAUUUCACCUCAAUAAAUUUAAUAUUCCAUUAAAGC